AAUGAUAUGUUUGAAUUUACUGUUGAGUGUUGGGUAGUGUAACUGAUUUUGUUUGGUUAGUUGUUUUGAUUGGGAUUAAUUUUCCUUUUGUGUUAAUUCAAACAGCAGACAAUCCAUUCAAUUGAAAGAUAGUCAAAUUAAAUUGUUUCAAUCCUAUAGUUAGUAUAUUUUUAUCAUAUUUUUCUUUUCACUUCUCUAGUUUUUACCAAAAAGGUAACCUGUUCAUUUUUUCACAUGCCUGUGUAAAUCAGAGAGUCUUUUUUUUCAUCGAAAUUUGUUUUUGUUGAUAUUGUUUUGUUUGUGCUUGUGUCCAAUUGUGAAGUAAUUGGUUAACUAAAAGUGAACUAAUUAAUGACAUUGGUGUAAUACAAGCUAGUGUAAAAAUGGAUUCAAAAAUUACCAUUACUUCUAUUUUGGUUACUCUUAUUCUUAAGAUUGUUACCGGUGAAUCAUCUUUAACUCAACCCACAACCUCGCCUUUACAAGCUCAAGCUUUGCCAUCUUCACCAGAAGCUAAAUGUGUUCUCGGUGGUAUUUGCGGCCACGGUGGAACUUUUCAAUCACCAAUACCAUGUUAUGAACCUCACACGCCGCAACCCAUCGCAAAUGAAACAUACAGAGCUACACUCAAAGAAUUGUGUCCCAAUCUAUUCCUUAAUAAUGAUAACCCACCAGUUUGUUGUUCACUGGAACAGAUUGAUGCUUUAGAGAAAUCUUAUGAAGCACCUAACCAAUUUCUGGGCCGAUGUCCAUCUUGUUUUUAUAAUUGGAAGCAAAUAUUCUGUGAGAUGACCUGUUCAUCACGACAAAGUCAAUUCAUAAACAUUACAAAAGUGGUACCUUUAGAAUCAUCGCCGGAAAAACUGCAAGUUCAAAAUACAACUUAUUUUAUGUCUGAAACAUUUGCGAAAGGUCUUCAUCAGUCAUGUAAAUCUGUCCAAACUCCUCUUAACCUUCCUGCCUUAACCAUUAUGUGCGGUAUCACCGAUGAUGGUGAAUGUACCUACAGAAAAUGGUUGAAUUUCAUGGGACUUUCACAUCGAUCAGGAGGACAUUCACCAGUACAAAUAAACUUCACAUUCACUCAAGAGACACAAAUAACAACGAAUGAUGGGCUAAAAUUUUAUCCCAUGUCCGCUCAGCCAAUUCCUUGCCAUAAAAGUAUUGGCCUUGGAUUUGACCCAUGUAGCUGUUCCGACUGUGAGCAAACCUGUGCUAUUGAUGUACUUCCCAGAAGUGCCCGAAAACUUCCGCCACCACCAGAACCUUUCACUUUCUUUGGACAUCCAGCAGCUGCUAUAAUCGGCUAUUUACUCUUUGCUUUAAUAUUUAGCACAAGCUCAGUUUAUUUUAUAAACCUAUUUCUCAAGAAAAACAAAUCACUCUCUCGUAAAAACUAUCCAGACACUUUAAAUCUGGAAAUAAAUAGAAACAUAGCAAGAUCACUUUCACCAUUUCUCACUGAUGGCUCAGCCGAAGAGAAUGAACCUCUUGAAAAUGAAGGAUUGUUCAAAAAUGACUUCAUUGGACCAAUUGCAGCGGCAACUCCACCAGCAAGUCCAUCUCGUGAAGUGGCCUCCAUUAGUUCCGAUGGUAAAUCAACGGAAGAAAAGUUGAGCUUAGGAUUACAAUUUGAACUGUUUUUUGAAAAAUGGUUCACUCGAUGGGGAAUUUACGUUGCAGAUCAUCCAAUUCCGAUAAUGGUCAUUUCAUUGGUUGCUAGUAUUAUUCUUGCUUGUGGAUUGGCAACAAUUAAAGUAACGACUGAUCCAGUUGAUUUAUGGGUUUCGGCUGGAAGUCAAGCUCGUCAAGAUAUGGAAUAUUUCCAAAGCAAUUUCUUUAAAUUUCACCGUAUUGAACAGAUUAUCGCUACACCAACCGAUAACUCUUAUUUCAGGGCAAAUUAUACCAGCAAUGGAAAAGUCAAAUCUGAUCGGUUUGGCCCAGCAUUUAGAAGACAAUUUUUAAAAGAUGUUCUCGCAUUACAAAAAGAGAUUGAAAAUAUGCAGGUUACUAAUGGUGAUCACACUGUUUCAUUGAAAGAUGUUUGCUACAAACCCUUAGGAUCUACGUGUGCAACUCAAAGUGUUUUCACUUACUUCCAUGAUGACCCCAAUGAAAUUGAUGAUGAAAAUUACCUUCACAAAGUUGUCAGUUGUCCUAGUAAUCCAACUAUUCUGAGUGACGAUAAAUUUUUGUGUAUGAAAAAUGGAAGCAUCCCACUAAUUUAUCCAGAAGCAACUCUUGGAGGUUUCAAUAAUAAUACAUAUCGAGAAGCUCAAGCUCUUAUAAUAAUAUUUCCUAUUCUUAACUUUCCUGAUCCAAAGCAAAACAGUGAUGCCAUUGCAUGGGAACAAGGUUUCCUUGAUUUGGUUAAAAAUUAUUCAAACCCCAACGUAAAGAUUGCAUUUAAAGCCGAGAAAUCUAUUGAAGACGAAAUUGAUCGUCAAAGUCAAUCAGAUGUUGUCACAAUUGGUGUUUCCUACUUAAUUAUGUUUGUUUACAUUCUUUUGGCUCUUGGAGAAAAUUCAAACAUCAAUACUCUUCUCAUUGACGCUCGAUUUACUCUUGGAUUUGUCGGUGUUUUGAUUGUCCUUCUUUCAGUCAUGUCUUCUCUUGGUUUCUUUUUCUACCUUGGAAUCCCAGCAACUCUUAUUAUUGUUGAAGUUAUCCCUUUCCUGGUAUUAGCAGUUGGUGUAGACAAUAUUUUCAUUCUUGUACAAACCUUUCAACGAGACGAGCGUCGUCCAGAUGAAACUAUUAAUCAACAAAUUGGUCGAGUUGUCGGAGAGAUUGCGCCAAGUAUGCUUCUCUCAAGUCUAUCAAUGUCGAGUUGCUUCUUUAUUGGUGCAUUGACACCAAUGCCUGCAGUUCGCAUAUUUGCACUUUACGCUGCUGUUGCCUUAGUAAUUAAUUUCAUACUUCAAAUGACUUGUUUCUUGUCGAUAUUUGUUCUUGACACUCGACGACAAGCCUCCAAUCGACUUGAUGUAUUUUGUUGCAUUAAAACGAAAAAAUCAACAAAAUCAUCAAAUCUCAAUAAUGGCAUGCUGUAUGGCUUUUUCCGUGACAUUUAUUCCCCUUUCCUUUUGAAGGAUGUAACCCGAUUCAUUGUGUUGAUUAUAUUUGGUGGGUGGUUCUGUGCCUCCAUCGUUUCUUUGGACCAAAUUCAUAUUGGAUUGGAGCAAGAAGUUUCAAUGCCAGAUGAUUCUUACAUGAUGGACUAUUUCGCAUUUUACAAGAGUUACUUCCAGGUUGGACCUCCAGUUUACUUUAUGAUCACAGAUGGAUACAACUAUUCUGACCCUGUGGCUCAAAAUCGUCUUUGCGGUGAAUCUACUUGUGAUAAAGAUUCAGUCCUUAAAAUAUUGAACUAUUUUUCAACCAAAACAUCUGAAAGUUAUCUUGCUUCUCGUCCCUCUUUUUGGUUAUCUGAUUACAAUCAAUAUUUGCGAAGUGACACUUGCUGUAAAAAAUAUGAAAAUGGUUCUCAGUGCCUAACCAAUGAACUCGAAUGUGAAACCUGCCUCGAUGACAUGAGAAUACGUCCAAUGGGCAAAGAGUUUGACCAAUACUUGCCUUUCUUUCUUAACCAAAAUCCAGGUGAAGAGUGUCUUUCUGGUGGUAAAGCUUUGUUUUCUGGUUCAGUCAAGUUAGUUAAAGAUAGCAAGGGAGAUCUUAGAGCUGGUCCAACCUUCUUAAUGGCCUAUCGAAAGUCCCUUAAAACAUCUAAAGAUUUUUACGAAUCUCUUCGUAUUUCACGUCAAAUCGCCGAUAAAUUGACUAAAAAACUGCAAAAAAGUGGCUUGACUAAAGCAACUGUACGAACUUACAGCUUCACAGAUGUUUUCUAUGAGCAAUACUUAACUAUGUGGAGUGACACAGCACGAAGUUUAAGCCUUUCCAUUGGCGCUGUUUUCAUUGUUACUUAUUUAUUUUUUGGACUUGACUUUUAUUCAGCUUCAAUAGUUGCAUUUACCAUUAUAAUGAUAAUAGUUAAUCUGAUGGGAAUGAUGCAUUGGUGGGAUAUUUCAUUAAAUGCAAUUUCACUUGUUAAUUUGGUUGUGGGUGUUGGAAUUUCUGUUGAAUUUUGUUCUCAUUUAGUGAGAACGUAUACAAUUUCACCUGCCGCAACCAGAAUGCAAAGAGCUCACGAAGCUUUAUCAACAAUGGGUAGUUCUAUACUAUCUGGUAUUACAUUGACUGACUGUGGUAUUUUAGUUUUAGCGUUUGCAAAAUCAAAAAUUUUCCAAAUAUUUUAUUUCCGAAUGUACCUUGGAAUCAUAUUAUUGGGAACAUUGCAUAGUUUAAUAUUCCUUCCAGUAUUAUUAAGUAUAAUUGGACCGCCACUGAAUGAACAGAGGCUUACUUUAAUGGCAAACAAAUCAAAAUCAUCGUCAUCAUUCCAGGUUGCAUCUGAACUUUCCUCUUCCAAAUAUCGGGAAAAUGACUCAAAGAAGGAACAAAAUGAGAAAUGCUGAAUGAUUUAAAGAUUUUUUAUUCAAUCAAACAAAAGCGACACAAUCAAAGAUGAUUACCAGCCAAUUAGCGCAUUGCAAAAAUUGUAUUCAAACAUGCAACAAACAAUUUAGAUCCAUUGAUGACUCAUCUUAGCGUUUGCUAUUGAUUUAAAGCAAAGAUUAUAAAUAAAUUAAUUAGAUGGCUGAAUGUGAUAGCUCAAAUGAGCAGUUAGAUAGAUUAACGAAGAAAAAAAUACCAUGUUAAUAGAACAAGAAUUAAUGCUGCUUUUAAAACUAAAGCCAUCAUUUUCAACUCACCUUUUUUGUAUUUUCAACCAAUUGUACUCCGUGUUUUUUGUUAAUUAAGAUUCAACUUAAUUUAUUUUCAAUAAUCAAUCAGUUUUUUUGAUUUCUCGCCUCCUCAAGUGAUUAAUGUGCCUCAAUAUUUUGAUUUACUGUAAAUUUGAUCAUCACAAAUGAUUUGUUCUACCUUCCAUUAUCAAUAUUGUAAACAUUUUAUAAGUUGUAAUCCCAUUUAAUUUGUAGAUCACUUUAUUUCCCUGAUUGUAACAAUCGAUUGAAAUUUAAACUUUCAAUGUGAAUAUAGAGUGACAUAACCAGAAACAAACAAUAUGAAUAAUUGUCAUCAACUGUUAAAAAAGAGUUGUGAUCAAAUCCGUUCUGAAGCUAUCAGUCAACAACACAGAUACAAGUUAUCUUAAUAUUGUUCAUAAAUGUAAAUUUAUGGCAACAAUAGAUGAAUAAUCAAUUGAUUUUAGGCCAAGAUUAUCAGAAACAAUCUCCACCUCGGAAAGUAAUUUAUUCAAAUUGACUCAACUUCAUAUUGUUUGUCUGGCAACAAUUCAGCUCUAUUUAACCAAAACUUAGUAAUAAUAAGCUGUAGUAAUAAUAAUCAAAUGAAAAGACAAUUUUGAUGGUUACAAUGAUUUUCAAUGUUCCUGUGUUUUCAAAUAUUGAUUGAUUGUCCCUUCUCACUGAUUACCUCUUAAUUUAUCAUUAUUUAACUCUUGUGAUGAUCAUUUUUACACACUAUCAUCGUCAUCAUUUAUAAUUACAAUUCACCUACAAUGUUAUUCACUAAGGUUUUGCUGAGCUAAAUCAAAAAACAGUUUAUUGACUAAGUUGCUUAAUUAACAAACACGGUGGCAAUAAUCACAUCUUCUAUAUGCCAACAUUAUUUUUUUUCAACCAAAACUCUGCUCUGUUCCCAUCUUGAAAAUAAUUUCCUGAUACAUUCACUUUGCAUCAUCUUGUCUGUCAUUCCCAUAAUCAUCCUCCCAUUAUUUUCUGUCUCUCUCUCUCUCUUCCUAUCUUUCCCUGAAUCAUUGAAUCAUUUCAAUUGAUCAACACGCACCUUUUUAUUUUGAACCAUUUUCCUCUCUUCCAUAACUUGGCCAUUGUUUUCUUGUAUUGCUGUUUUUCAUUUGGAAAACCUUCGCCUUUCCAUUAUUGUUAUUACUUUCUGAUGAAUCUAAUAAUAAUUUAAUAUUAUUGAAAGA